CAUUUAUCGAUCUACGAUUCCCUAAUACAAUUGUUUGCCCGCUUUUUGCACAUUCCAUUGCUAAAACGAUUUAAUUUUUCAUAAAAAAGCCGGGAAUUUCCGCAAUUACCAUGGGUUCUAUAAAACUCAAAGAAGACCUUAAAAAUUGUUUGAUAAAUUUCGAUCGUAAAGUUCUAAUAACCCAACUCCUGGAUGACUACAAAGUGGAACACAAGGAGGCCGACAAAAUUGUGGCAGAUUUUGUACAGGAACAGGAAAAGAAACAAAAAUUGAAAUAUGAAAAAUUCUAUGUGGUGCAUGGUAAACAGCAAAAGGAGGAUAAACAAAUUAAGGAGAUCUAUAAAAUUGUUGAGGAGGGCAAGUUGAAGGAAUGGCUGAAGAAAUUGAAAAAUGUCCAGUCGCUGUUGUAUGCGGUCGAGAUUGCUGGUGGCGCAAAAACUCCGGCAGCCAUUUUCAAGCCCAUGAGUAUUGAGGAGGGUGUUAAGCUAAAGCAAAGGGCCGGUACCAAAGCUGCUGCGGCAAAUGGCACUACAACCUCCGAAAACAAGCCAACCACCUCAAAACCCCCGGAAAAGAAGGAAAUAAAACAAGAAGUUAAGAAACCCACAAAUGAUGUGUCCAACAAAACCUCUGCCCCUGAUACCAAAAAGUCCACACAAAAAACACCCACAAAAUCACCCACCACCACCACCAAGGCCAACAAAAAAGGAGGCAUUAAUAGUUUCUUUAGCUCGGCUGCCAAGAAAACGGAAGACUCCAAUGACACAAAACCCCCAGCAUCGGGGGUGGUGAAACCCCCCACACCCAAGAAAAUGCAAGACUUCUUCAAAAAACAAACCGAAAAACCCAAACCAGCCGUUGAAGCAAUUAAAAAACCAACAGCCAAUACCUCCGUACAACUCUUCGACGAUGAGGAUGACGAUGAAGAAAAUAAAAAUGAAUCAUCGGAUGAGGAGGAAAAAUUGGAAGCUCUCAAGCGCGAUAUUAUUUCCUCGGAUGUGGAAAUGAAUGCCGAUGAUGAUGAUGGUGAUGAGGCGGCUAAACCUAGCACCUCCAAACGUCGGCGCAUCAUUGAUUCCGACGAUGAUGAUGAGAUUGAAGAGCAACCUGCUGUGAAACAAGAAAAACUCGAUACAAGCGCUGUGCAGGAAGACGAAGAAGAGGCAAAUGUUUCGAAAUCUGAAACAUUUUUAGAUGAAGAUGGUUUUGUUAUAACCAAGAAACCAAAGCAAAAGGCACAACCGGCCAAAAGGAAGUCACCAUCAGCGGCUAGUGUUAAGGCCUCACCGGCCAAGAAAACCUCACCUAGUGAAUCGAAGAAAACAUCACCGAAAUCAUCGGGUAAAGGUGCCGCAGCCGCCACCACCAAAGGAAAACAAUCUAAUAUUAUGAGUUUCUUUGGGAAGAAAUAAUCCACCAACAUGUCCUAUAACGUGGAUGUUAUAUAAAGUAAUAAAAUGCAUGGGAACAUAGGAUCAUUUGGAGAAUUACUUAUAUUUUUUAUGUUUGGAAGUCUGAACUAGUUUUAGUUGUAUUAAAUGCCUAUAUUGUUUUCCAAAUCUUUCAAUAAUUAAAUUUGUCACGAAAGAAUAUAAAUAUCUUUAUUAUAG